AUGGUUUCUCAUCGCUUUCUGUGGAUGCUCCUGGUGCCAUUGGUACCUGGGGCGGCGGGGCAGGACCAGGUCCCGCUCAGCAACGAGAUGAGGUUGAUUGCCUGUGCCAAGUCUCCAGAGAUCUCCAGGCACCUAACGGCAGAGUGGGAAGCAGCGCAAUCCUCAGCCAACCUCCCCAUGGCCUGGAUCGAGGACGCCGCCGAGGACCACUGCGCAGACGCGCCAGCGACCGCCUACCCCUCCGUCAAGCUCUUGCGCGACGGCGGGCCGGCGGUUGACUACCUAGGUCCUAUAACGAGCGACGAAAUUCUACGUUUCAGCGACCGCGCCCGACGGCCUCAAGUCUCCAGCGUCUCAAUCGAGGAAGCCGAGUCCUUUGGCAAUAGCGACGUUUUUGUCUGUGUAGCUCACCUCGGUCCAGAUGAGCCGGCGCUCCGGCGGGCCUUUGAGGCCGUAGCGCAGAAGCACUGGGCCGAGUUCACCUUUGGCAUCGUCGAUACGCCAACAUCCGCGGACGCCAAGGUCGUGUGCCGCAAACGCGACGACGAGAGCACGCACACGCGGAGCGCGGCAGACGGGCUCGAGGGCUGGGUCCUGGAAGUGUCCAGGCCCGUCAUCGCGGAGCUGACGCCCUUGAACCACCAGCGAUUCGUCGACCGCGCCUGGCCAAUCGUCUACAUCUUCUCGCCCUCCCCGCAAACCCGCGCCUCCAUCCGCGCAGACCUCCACGACUUUGCAAAGAAGCAGUACGCCUCCCUGACACCCGUCACAGUCGACCCGAACCGCUUCCCCGACCUCCCCGCCAAGCUCGGCCUCGGCCCCGACGUCGCCGAAGACGCGUACCCCGUCGGCGCGGUCCACCAGGUCUCUAACGGGAGGAUCUACCCGUACCCCAAGGGCAAGGCUUUUACGCCGCGCGAGCUGCAGGGGUGGGGGCUGGACGUGUGGCAGGGACGGGUCAAGCCGUGGACGCCGCCGGGGCAGGAGGCUGUGGACGACAAGGCUGGGUCGGUGAAGAGUAACGUGAGGGUUCUGAGCUCGCAUAAUCUCAAGGUGGAGAACAUUCCGGGGCUGAAGAUCAAGAUUGGCGGGCGGGAGCGGGAUGAAUUGUAG